CUAUUUCCUACAAGUCAAAGUGCAUCUUUUCCUCACAAGAAAGACUUUCCUCCAUCCAAUUACUUCUCGUACAUCAUUGUCACAAUGAGGACCUCUCCCCUGCUCACAAGCCUCUCUGCGGUCUCUGCUGUAUCCGCAGCAAAGUCCUACAUCCCGUACAUUUGGAACAACACUGCUCCGGAUGUCCACAACCUCCCCGUUCAAGCUCGUUUCGGCUAUUUCUAUGCCGGUGGCAACGCCGACACUGUGUGCCCGUCAUCAGACCCGGACUGCUCCUCGAGCGACAAGACCAUUCUGUAUGGCCCUACCGCCAGCAAGUACGACGACAAGCCAGAGGCAUUCUGGCUCAGCAUUCUCGACCCUCAGGGCCAGGAAGUGGUUACCGAUGGCGUCCUUGGCUUCGAAUACACUCUGCCCAAGACAGACUUGGUCUUGCCUUACGACAAUGCCGUCAACACGCCUUUCGAGGUCGACCUUGACGAUUUCUCCAACCAGACCGUGUUACGCUACAACGGCAAUGAUUUCGUCACUUGCGAGCCUGACGGUAUCAUUUACCCUCUGGCCAUGGGUAAUAUUGUCUACGCUGGCAAUUUCAAGUGUACGCCUUUCAAGAUGAGAUUGGAAGAGACCGACGCUCAGCCCGUCGAGUACUACAAGCGGGAUUGCGACUACGGGUUCAGAAUCACACAUCCUAGCCUGUGUCUUAACGGACCCAUGUGCUGUGGUAUCCCUGGCGACUGCCCUAAGGGCGUCUCGGCCGAUGACUUCAAGAAGAUGCACAAUAUCACAGACUGCCCUUAG